AUGGCCGACCUGACAGAAGUACUGCCUCAUUUUGAUUUGCAGCUAUGGCGACACCUUACAUACUCGUUAGAGAAGAAGAAUAUCCUCACAGCAGAAUUACUUUCCAAAGAUCCGGUGGAGAUAGCAAAGAGGUGUCCUUUGCCCCUCAACGAGCUACGGCGCCUGAUAGCUGCAGUCGUCGAUGCUCUCCGUGCCGAUACGCAUUUCAGCUCUACAACCAUAACUACUGCACAGCCUGUCGGUAGUGGCGAACCACCACUCAAGAAGGCUCGGAUAUUCAGGGAGGACCCGGAAUUUCCGCCACUACAAUGCGUACGAACACUUGACACGAACAUCGACGAGUGCUUAGGAGGUGGAUUUGCUGCUGGGUGUAUUUCAGAGAUAGUGGGCGAAAGUGCUGUGGGCAAGACUCAAUUCGUUCUUGGACUGCUACUGAGCGCGCAGCUCCCACCGCCUCUAGGACCUGGGAAAGCCGUCCUAUACUUGGAUACAGAAGGUACCCUGAACACCACGCGUUUGGAUCAGAUGUUGAGUUCGCAUCCCACCUAUCAACAGCUUCCGCCCGAGGAUCGACCGAGCCUGAAUCGAGUGCUGACGAUGAGUGUACAUGACUUGGAGGCGCAAGAGCAUAUUGUCCAGUUCCAGAUUCCUGAGACAGUCCGGAGGUAUAAUAUCGGCCUUGUCGUGAUCGAUUCUGUGACGGCGAAUUUCAGAGCAGAAUUUUUGGGAAGCUCGGCAAAGGUACUAUCGGACCGUGCUGUAGCUUUGGUACGUCUUGGAAACACGCUUCGCAGGUUAGCAAAUGACCACAACGUGGCCAUCGUUGUCACAAAUCAAGUUUCUGAUCGAUUCGAUGAUGCACGUACGACAGCGGAUAAGCUUCGCUUGUCUUCACAGGCACCGUCAUCGUCAGGAACAUCCUCAUUACAGACACAAAAUCUCACACCACGAGCUUGGCAAUCACAGAACACGCAGCAGCCACGAUCAUCUCAAGCUCCCAUAAAGUCGAUGCAAUUGCAGCUUUCUCCUAGUGCACAAGCAAGGAAGGACGAAGUUAUGAGUCUCGACUUCCAACAAAGGUUCUUUACUGGAUGGGGCGACAACCCGAGCGAUCCUUUCGAGUCUCUCAAGACACCUGCUUUGGGUCUUGCGUGGGCCAACCAACUUGAUGCCAGAAUUGUGCUGAAGAUUGGUCGUGGUAGCACAAAUCCAGUGAGUGGUACGGGGAACAUUUUAUCAGAAGCUAAACGAAAACGUUAUCUCGGCGUCGUCUUCGCUUCGUGGACACCUCCAAGUCACACACCCAUACCCUAUACUUUGGAAACACAAGGUGCCGUCUCUAUGUCAGGUACUACCAAUGCCAAGGCUGUACAUCAGGACGAAUUCGAUGUGGACUUCGAGGAGGUCGACGCCGAGGACGGUCGUGAAAGCACAGAUGCUGAUCUGUUAAACCCUCAAUAUUGGGAUGACUUGGACAACGACUUUGCUUAA